AUGCUUCCUUAUUCAAUUUUCUUGCUUCUUGGAAUCGGUGCGAAAGCGAUGUUCUUCAGAGGAACGAUGUGUAAAUCAUCGAUUGCGAGCUGCGAUGAAGUGCCCGGUUUCAAGAAUCUUGGUGGAUCUUGUUAUGCAGCCAUUGAAGUGAAAGACACAUAUGAAAACGCUCGUGAAGCCUGUAAACGACUCCAUCCAAAAGCCGAUUUGGCAUCGAUUCGAUGCGAAAAGGAAAAUGCUUUAGUUGCUAGUUUUGGCAAGCUCCAUCUCGAAAAACAUUGUAACGGAUAUGGAUACAAGACUCAACAUUUCACGUUUCUUGAUGACGCAUGGAUAGGUUUCAAUCGUACAGAUCCGGAAUCAAAUGGAGAAUGGCUGAAUGGAGUCAGCUCGAGUUACAGAAAGUGGAACUAUGGGGAGCCAAAUAAUGGUCUUGGAGCUCGUCCCGAAGCGGCUACUGCUAUGCAAAUCAAGGGCUCAUGGUCAUUGGGUUAUUGGAAUGACAUGCAUAUUGAUGACAAGAUGUGCGGAGCUAUUUGUGAAGUGAUUGUGAAAACAAGUGGUGGCAGUUGUGGAAGCUACAACGCUUGUGCGGAGCCCUUAACCGUUCCCGCUGUGUUGCUUUAC